CUCUUCCUCCUUCUUUCCUCCUCCUCCUCGGCCGCCCCGGGGCAGCCCAGGUGCUGAGCCCUCCCUCCCCAGCCUUCCAGCAGCAGCAGCGUCGUCAUCAUCACCCCUCGAGGAAGAAGGAAGGCAGGAAAGAGGAGCCGGGCAGUCUGUGGCCGCCUGGGAGCCAUGAGGCGAAGGGCCGGGAAGAGCAGAGCAGGGACUCCUGAGACGCCGGGCCUCCUCGCCUCCCUCUAGGCGCCUGGAUGCCGCUCCUGGCAGGGCUCCUGCCAUGCAGCCCUCGGGUCUCCCCUUCUCCUUCUCCUUCCUCCUCCUCUUCCUUCUCCUGCUUCUGCUCCCCGUCGGGGCCCAGCUCCGUUUCGCGGUGGAGGAGGAGCUGCCCCCGGGGUCGGUGGUGGGGGACCUGGCAUCCUCGCUGGCCCUGGAGCCCGGACAACUGGCCUCGCGGGGACCCCGUCUAACUUCGGGCAGCGGCCGCCCCUUCCUGGCGCUGGAGGCCCCUCGGGGGAUGCUGGUGGUGCGGGAGCGGAUGGACCGGGAGGCGCUCUGCGGGGCCCCUUCCUCCUCCUCCUCCUCCUCCUCGUGCCUCCUGGGGCUGGAGCUGGUGCUGGAGGGCCCCGUCGAGGUCCACUCCCUGGAGGUGGAGGUCCUGGACGUGAACGACCACGCGCCAGCCUUUCCGCGCCCAGAGUACCGCCUGGAGGUGAGUGAGGCGGCCGUGCCGGGCUCCCGCUUCCCCCUCGAGGGCGCCCGGGACCCAGACGCCGGAUCCAACGCCGUCCGCACCUACCGCCUCAGCCCCAGCCCACUCUUCGGACUCGAUGCUGGCGAGGGGCUGCUGGCCCUGGUGCUGCUCCAGCCCCUGGACCGCGAGAGGGCUGCCGGACACCGCCUGGAGCUGGCCGCCCUCGACGGGGGCCACCCUCCCCGCUCCGGCACCGCUGCCCUUGCUCUACGGGUCCUGGAUGCCAACGACAACCCGCCAGCCUUCGAGAGGGCCACCUACGCGGCCACCCUGUCCGAGGAGGCUCCCCCAGGGACGUUGGUGGCUGCCGUGAAGGCCUGGGACCCCGAUGAGGGGCCCAAUGGAGCCCUCCGCUACUCCCUUGGCCGCUACGCCUCGGAGGAGGUCCGGAGGCUCUUCCGCGUGGACCCAGACUCUGGGGAGGUCCGGCUCAACGCCUCUCUGGACCGUGAGGAGGCUGCCAACUACGAGCUCUACCUCCAGGCCACCGAUGGGGGCCCUGUCCCCAUGACCGGGCACUGCAGGGUCCUGGUCACCGUCCUGGACGCCAACGACAACCCCCCCAAGGUGCUCUUGACUUCCCUGUACAGCCCCAUCCCUGAGGAUGCCCAGCCGGACACCAUGGUGGCCUUAGUGAGUGUCACCGACCGAGAUGCUGGACCCAAUGGCCAAGUCAGCCUCAGCAUCCCCUCUGACCUGCCUUUCAGACUCAAUCCCCUCAAAAACUCUUACGCCUUGGUUACCCAAGAGCUCCUUGACCGGGAGAAGACCUCCAGCUAUAAUGUCACCAUCACUGCCACCGACGCUGGUGUUCCUCCCUUGUCAUCAUUCAGGAUGGUCCAGGUGGACAUCUCAGACAUCAAUGACAACCCACCACAGUUUGAACAGGCCGCGUACUCGGUGUAUAUCCCCGAGAACAAUGUUCCAGGGGCUUUCCUUUGCACUGCCAUAGCCUUUGACCCUGACGCCAAUGAAAAUGCCUACAUUUCCUACUCUUUGCUGUAUGGAGAGAUCCAAGGGCUACCUGUCACCUCCUAUGUCUCCAUCAAACCUGACACUGGUAGCCUUUAUGCCAUCGGCUCCUUUGACUACGAAAAGCUGAGGGAAUUCCAAGUCGUCAUUCAGGCCCAAGAUUCGGGGAUGCCACCUCUCAGUAGCACAGCCACGGUGCACAUCUAUGUGGUAGAUCAGAAUGACCAUGCGCCCCAGAUCCUGCAUCCCACCUCGGCCAAUGCCUCCGUUGCAGUGGAGAUGAUCCCUCGUUUGGCUAGCGCUGGGUAUUUGGUCACCAAAAUCAUAGCCAUUGAUGCAGACUCUGGGCAAAAUGCAUGGUUGUUCUUCCACUUGGCCCAGGCCUCAGCUCCAGACCUCUUUAGUGUGGAGGUUCACAAUGGAGAAGUUAGAACUACCCGAAAACUAAGUGAGGACAGUCCACCUACCUUCAACCUUACCAUCCUGGUGAGAGAUAAUGGAGAGCCAGCCUUGUCUUCCUCUGUCUCCAUAAACAUUGCUGUGGUAGACCGGAUCUCAAGAAUAAUUCCCGACACUAGGAGGCACAUAAAAAGUUCCAGAAGUUACUCAGAGAUAACCCUUUAUCUGAUUGUUGCUCUGGGCUCAGUUUCAUUUAUAUUUCUCUUGACAAUUCUUGUCCUUGCUGUGUUAAAGUGCCACAAAGACAGCAUGCAUGGCAAGUCCUACUGUGUGGGUUUCUGUGGGACUCCCCAAGAAAGGUACCCAGUUGAAAUGUACAAACAAGCAAGCAACCAUCUUGAUGCUGGAAUGUCAGCCAGUUUAAAAGUUCAGCCCCAUUUUGUUGAGGUACGGGGCAAUGGAUCUCUCUCCAAGACUUACUGCUAUAAAACCUGCCUGACUGCAGGAUCAGGGAGUGACACGUUCAUGUUUUACAAUACUGGGGUUCCUACAGGAAUCUAUCCACGGACUGUGAUGCCUGAGAGACAUCUAACUGGGCAGAGCGAACAGAGCUCCCAAAAUCUGAUUGUAUUUAAGAGUGAGCCUAUCACUCCAAGUGAGUUUCUGGGCUGUUUAUGUUCUCGUAUGGGGUUUUGCUCCAUAAAGAAGCCUAAUGUAACAUUUGCGCACAGUCAUAAAUAA